AUGUCUCUUGGACGCUCUUUCAAGCUCAACUCGGGACACAGCAUUCCCGCAGUCGGUCUGGGUACUUGGCUCUCCAAACCUCACGAAGUUGAGAAUGCCGUCGAUGCUGCGCUGCGCGCAGGGUACCGCCAUAUUGAUGCCGCUGCAUGCUACCUAAACGAGAACGAAGUGGGAAAUGGAUGGAAGAAAUCUGGUGUGCCACGAGACCAGAUCUUCAUCACGAGUAAGCUGUGGAACACGCAUCACCACCCCAAAAAUGUCGAGGAGGCACUCAACAAGACGUUGAAGGAUCUUCAGACGGACUAUCUCGAUUUAUAUCUAAUUCACUGGCCCGUCGCAUUCGAGCACACAAAUGAAACUCUCACUCCGAUUGACCCUACAACGAAACGCUUCCGUCUAGCAGAUGUACCAAUAGCUGAUACUUGGAAGGUGCUGGAGGAUUUCGUCAAAGCGGGCAAGAUCAGGAGUAUCGGUGUCAGCAAUUUUACCAUCGAAAAGCUGGAAGAGCUGCUCAAAACUGCAGAGAUCCCUCCUGCCGUCAACCAGAUCGAGGCUCACCCAUACCUCCAGCAGCCCAAACUUACUCAGUACUCCAAAGACAAGAACAUCCUCACAGUCGCCUAUAGUCCUCUCGGAAACAACAUCUACAAUGCACCUAGAGUUGUUGAUGACCCCACCGUCAAAGAAAUUGCCAAUCGUCUAGGCAAAGACCCAGCAGCCGUCCUGAUCUCCUGGGCAGUGCAACGUGGUACAUCUGUCCUACCAAAGAGUGUCACGCCGUCCCGCAUUGAGGGCAACUUCCAGGACUUUGUCAUUCCGGACGCCGAAUUCGAAACCCUCAACAAGCUUGACAGAAACCAGCGCUACAACUAUCCCUUCCGAUGGGGAAUUGAUAUUUUUGGGGAGCUGGGAGCUGAAGAGGCUGAACGUCGAGCAGAACAAAAUGCUGCAGAACAAAGAGCGGCUGCAUGA